AUGGAUCACAAUAAUUCACCAGUGGUUGAACUCGGUAGUGGCCAGCAUACUUUAUCAAUGUCUUCACAUCCACAAAAUGACCAAGGAGAGAACGGCAACAAGGAGAUCUAUACUGUUUCUCCCUCAAGCGCCAAUACUUUUCUCGAGAAUGGCAGCAACACACCACCUAAGAACGAAAUGCCCAGUCUAUUGAGACAGAAUGUCUUUAUGGUUUUUAUCACCUUGACCCAACUGGUUCAAAUGAUUCCUUUGGGUGCUGGUAUCAAUUCUAGCUUUGCUAUCGGAGCAGCAUUGGGUGCAACUGAAGCUCAGUCCGUUUGGAUCGUUGCCUCAUACCCCUUGACUCAAGGAACUUUCGUUUUGAUUGGCGGUCGUCUAGGCGCAGUCUAUGGUCAUAAGAAUGUGUUUACCGCUGGUUGCGUUUGGUGGACUAUUUGGGCUUUAUGUGGUGGAUUUUCUGACAACUUGAUAUCAAUGUGUAUCAUGAGAGGACUAUGUGGAAUGGGCGGUGGUCUCAUGAUACCGAAUAUCGUGGCUUUGCUAGGCAUAACUUUUCCACCCGGGAAGAAACGGAAUUUAAGCUUCGCGUUGUUCGGCGCAAUGGCACCAGUCGGUGCUGCUGGUGGUUCUCUUGUCGGGGCGGUCAUUGUCCAGCUUUCUGAUUGGAAAUGGCUUUUUUUCAUGCUUGGUCUACUAGGAUUUGUGGUUUACGGUGUUGCCAUCGCGGCAGUUGAUGCAGAUAUUCCUAUUGAUCCCAAAGGUACCGUGGACUGGGUUGGCUCUUACCUAGGAGUCGCUGCUCUCAUCCUGUUUAACUUCGUUUGGAAUCAAGCCCCACUCGUCGGAUGGAAUAACCCUUACGAGAUCGCGCUUCUUGUCGUAUCUAUCGUUCAUUUCGCAGGAUUCGUGUAUUGGGAAAUGAAAGUUGCCACAGAUCCAAUCCUGCCAUUCAAUAUCUGGAAAGCACCGUCAUUCGGACUCCUUAUGUUGACCAUAUUCUUCUCUUUCAUGAGCCUGGGUAUCUUCUUUUGGUACAUGAAUGCAUAUAUGCAAAACGUCCGCGGAGACAGCCUCAUUCUCACUGGCGUUCAGUAUUUGCCACUUACUAUAGUUGGAUGUGCAGUAGCCUUUCUCGCGGCGUGGCUAGUUCCCAGAGUGCCGGCACAAGUCAUCAUUGGCUUAGGAUGUCUAGCCAUGGUCAUUAUCAACGUUCUUCUUGCCACUAUUCCGGCAAAUCUGACUUACUGGGCAAUGGCUUUCCCCGCAAUGUUCAUAUCUGCCUUCACCAUUGAUCUGAUCACCACCAGCGCUCAGAUUAUAGCGAGUAACACUGUACCAAUGAAAUAUCAAGGCGUUGCAGGCUCUUUAAUAGGCACACUACUUGGUUAUGGUUUGAGCACUGGUUUGGGCAUUGCUGGGACAGUGGAGGUAAACACCAACGACAAUGGAAAUAAUCUUCUGAAGGGCUACCAUAGUGCUGCAUAUUUGGGAGUCGGCUUGGCAAGCGCUGCCCUCAUUAUCAGUGUGGUAUUUAUACGCAUACCCAAAGAUACUCGGGAAGGCUGGGCGGAAGAUGAUCUGCAUGCUAGGGAACGAGCACAAUAA